AUGGCUGUUUACAAGCAGAAGAAGAAUCGGGCCGGUAAGGGUAACCGGCUUCUGAUUAGCGUCACCGUUCUGGGUAGCGCGGGCCCGAUUCGGUUCGUGGUAAACGAGGAUGAGCCCGUUUCUGCUGUGAUUGACCACGCAUUGAAAUCGUAUGCGCGUGAAGGAAGGCUGCCUCUUCUCGGAUCCGAUUUCAAUAACUUUAUGCUCUACAGCCCCAUUUCUGGAACUGAAGCUUUGCUUCCAUGGGAGACGAUCGGGUCAUUUGGUGUCAGAAAUUUCUUCCUGUGCAAGAAGCCACAAACGGAGACUGUUAUUGCCAUUGACGAUGAUAAAGCAUCUCCAGUUCAGUUGAGAGGAUGGAAUAAGAUUCCUUUUGGAAGUCUCGUAAUAAAAUGGUUUUGUUUCAUUCCAUGUGACCUUCGUAUUGUUUCUCGCAUUAAUAAAAACAUCUUGUUUAGUGCUUUUCAUCCGGUGGUUUUUGCUGAAACGGUGGCAUGUUGGUCUCGUCUAUUUUGGCUGGCUGGAUAG